AAGGGGUUCUUCAUCUUCGACCACCGCAUCAAGCAAAGCGUCGCGAGUUUCGUCUUCAGAGAGAACAGAAAACUCCGGUAUAGGCAUAGUUGGAAAAACGGGCACCGCAUCCAACUCUUCAGUUACCCAAGCAGACGCUUCCUCUUCUUCAAGUCACGAUAAUGAUGAAAGUCGCGACUCGCUUCGACAGCGCAGCGAGAAGGUACUGCUACUGGUACUUGAUAUUCUUUUUGAAUUUCAACUUUGGUAUUUUUUCUUGACGAGAUUGAUGAUCUUCAUUUUACUAUUGACAGGAAGCGGGUGAGAUCGCUACUUUAGAAGCGAAAUGCAGGCAGCUAGAACUAGAACUCGCGGCAGCUAAAGCUAGACAUGCCUCUAGUGCCUCAAGUGUUCACACUAGUAGAUUCUCACCCGACGACAGGAGCAGGACAAGGCACAGCACUUCUGCACCGAAUCGUCAAGAAGAUCACGCACAAGAAGAUCAAGAAAGAACACCUAAUUCUUCACCCAACAAGAAGAUAAGUAGAGCGGAAGAGAGGCUUUCGAUUUUGGCCGAAGCGAGCAAGAAACGGAUCAAAUCGCUCGAGG